CCUUUGCCCAUUCACAAUCCAAAGUUCCCUCUCGAUUUCUAGAGAAGCAAACAAGAAAACAUUGGAUUUCAUUUUCUUUAAUCGCAAGUCAAAUGGCUCGUACGAAGCAAACCGCCAGGAAAUCCACAGGAGGCAAGGCACCAAGGAAGCAACUUGCCACGAAAGCUGCUCGGAAGUCAGCUCCGGCUACCGGCGGAGUCAAGAAGCCACACAGAUUCAGGCCAGGAACCGUGGCUUUGCGUGAGAUUCGGAAGUACCAGAAGAGCACUGAACUCCUGAUCAGGAAGCUCCCGUUCCAAAGGUUGGUAAGAGAAAUUGCUCAGGAUUUCAAGACUGAUCUGAGGUUUCAAAGCAGCGCCGUGGCGGCUCUCCAGGAGGCGGCUGAAGCUUACUUGGUGGGCCUUUUUGAAGAUACCAAUUUGUGCGCUAUUCACGCUAAGAGGGUUACUAUUAUGCCCAAGGAUAUUCAGUUGGCUCGUAGGAUCAGGGGCGAGAGGGCUUAGCUUGAAAACAAUAUGCUUAAUUUUACUCUUCGAUUUAGCCUUUUCAUUGGGCGCUCUGUUUUAGGUUUCAUUGUGUAUUUGGAUAUCCAUCUGUUUGUUAAAAUUCCUAUGUGAAAAUGCACCCCUCUAUUUACAAUUAAUUGGUUUGUUUA